AUGCGUGAUAUAAAAGAGAGUUACGGCCAUCUAAAGUCAUUCAAGCCAGCAGGCGACGCUGAAAAAUCAACAGUAAAGGUUUCUAAGAAUCCACACUAGGACAUUCUUGAUAAGCUUAUGAACAGACCGUUCUUAAAGCAUAAAGUAAUGACAUCAAGGAGUGUUAAGAGUUUCAUAUUCGAUAUUUUUGAGGAUGGUUUGAAGGAGGAUAUGGUGAUCUUUGAACCUAACUUCGUCAGAAAGUAUCCUCAGUUCUCAACUGAGUAUCUAGAUUUACAUUUCCAUUAUAACUCCACAUCAGGAACUCUAUUUAAUCCAAGUGACACUGACUUCCUAAAUACUUAUGAUACAAUUGUGCAGCCAAGAAGAUGGGCAAGACCUUACGCAGGCAUUCAAGAUAGCUACUCAAAAAAUACUUAAGCCUUAGUAUUUUAAUCUCAUGAAAACUAGGCCUCACUAUUUAAGAAACCAAUUGGCAAAAAGCCAUAUUAAGUAUUUAGAUGUGAAUAGAAGCCUAAGGAUAAAGGUAGAAAUUUGAUAAUGGAAACUCUAAGACAUAAAAUAACCUAGACGCUUUACCUUAAGAGUGAAGAGUAUUUAAAGGCAAGAUUUUAAGCAUUUAACGAUAGAAAAUAAUUCAGAGUCGAUUAAUCACUUUAACUACCUUAAAUAAACAUUGAUUAGAAAAAAGAUGUUGUACUCUAGACCCUAAAAGAAUAGGACAAAAUGAAGCGAGCCUUAUCUGAAUAAGUUCUUACUUAAGAGAUAUUAUACGAGGCUGACUUGUAAAAACUGCAACAAAAAAACCUAAAUAACUAGAGUUUGACUGAUUUAUUCUAAAAUGAGAUUAGUAGGAACUCAUACAAGAUUCAAAAAGCUAGUUCAACUGAAUCAGAUAUCAAAAAUCUAAAGGCUUCAAGGAGUGAGAAAAUUUAUUAGGGUCAAAAUUCAUCGUUAUUAAAAAGUCAAAGCUAAAGUUAGCUGUUCCCUCAUCUCAAUAAUAAAUCGUCAUUUAUCACAAAUAAUAACAGUUUUGGGGGAAUCAAUCAAUCUUAAAUAAGCCAGUAUCCUCAAAAAGAAUACUCAGAUGAAGUCAAAAAGCAUUUUGAAGUUACCAGUAUAAUCUAAUCACUUAGGACUAUCAUAAAAUAGUUACUCCAGGAAAAAGAAAAGAACAAGCCAGAUCCACAUAAGAUAGAAGAACAUAUAGAAAUGGCAACUUUAUUUCUUGAGAAAUUAUAUCAUAAGUAUGAUUAAGUCCACAAUGAUAAGGUAAAAUAACAGUUAAUUGAUGUAAUUGAGAGGAUAGAUGAAUUGAUAUAUUAAUCAUCAGAGAAAGUAGAAAAACUAUUAGAUGAAGAAGAUGAGUCGAGAAAUGAAGUCCAAAGCGCCCUGAGGCAUUACAUCCAUAGAAAUUUCAAGGCUUCAUUAUUGUAGAAACUUAGUCUAAUUCAUAUGAAAAAGAAUCAGCUUAAGAACACAAAUACAAAGCAAAGAAAGUUUUAUGAAAAGUCAGAAAAAUAACAACAUCAUGAAUUGAGGGACUUCAUAAAAUCGAACAAUUCAUACAUGAAAAGUAAUAAUAAUCAUCAUCACAUGAAUAUGACCAGAUUUACAAAACAAAGUAUAGCAGAUAAAUCUACUCAGGAAUAAACCCUCAUAAUGAAAUAGAUGAAUGAUAAGACCAGUAUUAAUAAUGAUAUCAGUAAGCUACUUUCACCUGUAUAAAAUACUGAGAGCACUAAACAAAAUAAGAAUAUUAUGAUCAAGAAUCAGCACGAUAAUUAAUUUGAUGAGUCUGAGAUAAGCUAAAAUAUUGAUACAUUCAGACAUGAUGAUAAUGAAAAUAGUGUCAUGUAACCGAUUGCAAUAUUAAGUCCAAAUAAGACAUCUAUGAAGAAAAGAUUGACUUAUAGAAAAUAAGUUUCAUUGAAAGCUCCAUCUCAUUAAUAGAAACUUCAAAGUCUUCUGAAGAGAAAAGCUAACCUCAAUAGUUUCAAUAAACUUGUUAGUUCAAAAGAUAUGACUAAUGUCAAUGAGAAAACUGAUGUGCUGAAAGCAGUUAAAUAAUGUAUUGAAGAAUUCGGGCCCUACAAAUUCUAUGAUGAAGUGAUCCAGGACUAUUUUGGUGGUCAUAUCGAUAUUUAAAAAUUAAUGGAUCAAAGUGACCAGCAAAAUGAUAAUCAAAUCCUGGAGUCUGAAAGAAACGCUGAUGCUACGUCUGUAAAUUCACUAGAACGGUAUCUUUAAAAUCAAAAGAUAAAAGAGAGCGAAAAGUAAGAAGCAAUAAGGCAAGCGAUAGUUGAAAGAACAUUAAGAGAUUUGAUUAUUCUGGCUAAAGAGGACUCAAUGACCAAUUUGAAAGCUAUAUAGUCAAUUUAAAAUCAUGUAGUAAACGAAAAAACUCUAAGCUUCAAACAAAAGUAAGAAAAAUCUACUUUAGUGGACUAUCUCAAGCAGCUGCCAAGCAAAAUAAAAGCCUCAAACGAUUAGUCAAUAGAUAAUAUAGAUGAUUUCUAUAAUUACAAAGAUGAUCAGAAAAACUCGUCCCAGUAUAAUGAAAAAGAUAAGAAAGGAGAGGCACCUAUGUCUCCAUUAGGUAUGAAAGUAGUAAGUGCAGUAAAAUAAAAAUUAGGGGAUAUAAAGAAUAAGCAAGUGGGAUUUGAUACUUUAUUAUUUGCAUAAGAUCUCAAGCUGUUUCAUAAUGAGUAUGAUAUUCCAAUAUUGGUAGAUAAGUAUAUUAAGAAGUAUGGAGCAAAUGGAGACGUCAUGGAUUUCCAACGGAAAAAUCUUAUAUUUUACAGAAAGUAACUUGACAGCAUAGAACAGAAGCUGAUCAAACUUAUUUAGAAAUUUAAUUGA